AUGGAGACUCAGAACGCGACGGUCAAUUGGCACUAUUCCAGUCCCCAAGUCGCUGCCAUCAUCUCUGCAAUCUUAUGUUUGCUGGCGAUCCCUCUCAUUUACAAUGUGAUCUUCCACCCUCUGGCCCGAGUCCCGGGGCCUUUCUUGGCCAAGUUCAACGACUUCUGGCACGCAUACCAACUAUACACAAAUAUGAGACAUGAGACGCUCUGUCCUUUGGUGCGCUUGGGCCCGAGCACUGUCUCUGUGAACACCACAGAAGGAUUCCAAAAGGUUUACUCGGCGACAUCACCAAUCGACAAGUCGCCAUUCUAUCAGAGCUUCACCCCAGGUUUCCAAAGUAGUUUCUCUUCGAUGGGUCUUGCGUACAAAGAGAAGAAGUCUAUUCUCUCUCAAGCAUUUGCUCAGAAGAAGCUAGACGCCAUGGAACCAGCAUUCAUGGAGCAUAUUUGGAAGCUUUGCGACGUGAUGAAAAGUCAAGCUAAGGUCAAUUUAGAUGAUUGUUUAUCAGCCUUGACAGUUGACAUCUUAUCGGACGUUUGUUUCGGCGAAACGUUUGAUUUACUUCACAAUCCCACAGAGAAGGCGAACAUCAGCGAUGGUUUAGUGCAGGCAGCAAAAUUUGUCUCAUUGCGCCUAAUUCGAAAGUUCUCGUACAACCAUACGACGCGGGGCUAUCCAGCGAAGAUGGCGAUUGGCGCCAUGAUCAAACAGAGACAGAAUCCUUCGGGUAGGCAAGACAUAUUCAAUUACCUACUUACGGCUAAAAGUCCCACCACCGGUACGCCGUUUCCUGAUCGUGAGCUGUUCGGUGAAGCGAUCGUCAUGUUUGUAGCAGGGUCUGAUACCACAUCUACUGCGCUGUUGACAAUAUUGUGGCAUCUGUUGGCUCAUAAAGAUGCAUAUGACAAGGUGGCCUUGGAGGUUAGAUCUACAGUCACGACGCGUGAUGAAUUGAACUACCACAAGAUUCAGCACCUACCAUAUCUAAGAGCUGUGAUUGAGGAAGGAUUGAGAAUCUUCCCACCGAAUGCAGGUUUCAUUCCGAGACAGGUACUCCAAUCCGACGGAGCCUUCGUUCUCCACGGCAUACCUCUGCCAGUGGGAACGGAAGUCGGCGUUGCAAACAUGGCGAUGCAUAGGAACCCCAAGUAUUUUGAACGACCAAACGACUUCAUUCCAGAACGCUGGAUCGGCGAUGGCCAUUCUGCGGUAAAGGAUAAAUCAGCUUUCUCUCCCUUCUCCAAGGGCCCAAGGGCGUGCCUCGGAAGAACAAUGGCAUACAUGGAGAUGUCUAUAGCUUUGGCAGCAAUGUUUUUGGAGAUGGACAUGGAAUUUGAGGAUCACGGUUCUGAGGCAAGACAGGGUUACACAGCGACGGAUUCUUUCGUUCUCGCAAUCUGGAGGGCAUUUGAGUCUUUUCUCUCGUGGGAAGCAGCCCCUCUGUUGCGAUCUCAGCAAAGCGACAGGGGCUGCAGCAGAAGCCGCUAA